GCGCACACACGCCACGCAAGCCGAAAACACCCAAAUAUUUGUAGGUUAGGGAAUUUGCGUUCACGAUGGAUAAAGCGAGGCGAGAAAAUGUGACACGUGGCAAUCCGCGGACGGCAACAACAUAUAGCCAAGGAACACAAAGACUUCUAAAAGUUAUGAUGGAAGAAUCCAAGUUAAACAGUUUAUUGCAGCUGCACUUGACAAAAACUAUCAAAAAUGGAGAUAGUCUACCAAUCACUUGCGUUUUGCGUGAUGAGAAGCCAAAGCAUAGAGAGAAGGUUACAAUAAGUAGGCAGCCACAUAUACAGAGGCCAACAUACAGGACUAAAGAACAAAUAGUGCAAUCUGGUGCUUAUGAGAGGGAUCCUUACAUACCAGAAAGAUAUUUAGCCUCCUCUGCAAAGGAGAAGGAGCGAUUGCAAAACCUCAUGACAUAUGGACAAGAUAGCAUUCCGCAGUCUGCACCAAAACCUGUCAUUGAACCUCAAUUAGGAAAUGAUAGAUUUGAGGAAUUGGAAGAAGAAAUCAAGGAGAGACGGGAGUUCCUGGAAGACAUGCAGCAUCUAGGCCAGCGUAGCAAAUACAGUGCUGCAAUCAAUGCGGAAAUAUCCAUGAAAAUUCGAGAGAUGGAGGUGCUAGACAAGAAGAGGACGGCAGAACUUAAAGAAGCCAUUAACAUAAAGUCACGGCCUAACAAUCCUCGGCCGGAAAGUUCCACUCUCGCUAAUCCACAUGAUCCAAGCUGAUCCUAAACACGAGGUUAUGGUUCACAAAAGUGUGUAAUAUGUAUGAACACUUCUGAUAGCUACAUCUAACAUUCUGAUGUAUAUAUAUCCAUGGAAUAUGCUUUAAGGUAGCUGGGGUUGCUGGGUCUUAUGCUAGCUAGUACUCUAGGAAUAACUAGAUAAUAGAAAUAAAAGCACUUCUGGUAUGAAUCAUAUUGUGUACGUGUACGUAAGACAGGAUCAGUAAACAACCUUGGGUUUAUCGGCAACA